AUGCCUAUGUCAACGGGGCCCCUCACGCGCGCCCGUGCAGGGAUUCGCGUCCUGAGCACGCGGUACCCCUCGGACGAGUACGUCUGCACCGCGUCGACUUCCGCGCCUUCACCAUCCACACCAUCGCCCCUGCCCGCCUCUGCCCGGGCUACUCUCCGCGACCCGCAGUGGCUUGCGGCCAUGCAGGACGAGUUCGACGCCCUGCAGCGGAACCAGACAUGGACGCUUGUUCCUCGACCCCCUCACGCCAACAUCAUCACCGGGAAGUGGGUCUUCAAGCAGAAGUUCCAUCCGGACGGUACUCUCGACCGUCACAAGGCGCGGUGGGUGGUUCGUGGCUUUCGCCAGCGUGCCGGCGUCGACUUCACCGACACCUUCACCCCGGUUGUCAAGCCCGGGACGAUCUGCACCGUCCUUUAG